AUGUUCAAUGUAGUAAGCUUAACUCCGGAUUUGGUAUUACCUUCUAACAGAUCUGCAAGUCAGAAGUACUGUUUGGUAGGGUUGGACGCCGCGGCGUACCAUGCAAUAGCCCAAGAAUUCAAUGGAUUUUUUAAUAUCACCUUCACAUACAAGCUCUCAUCCGAUAUUACAAUUCCUUAUGUCGUAGUAAAAGAUGAGAACGAUGAAAUUAUUGGGCCUAAGCUUGAUAUGCGUUGGAAGACGUUAAGUGAAAUGAACGAAACAAGUGAUUAUGUUAAAAGCAAAUUGGGGAACAAGCAUAUUGCCGCAGCAUGGAUCGUGUCCCACUGCGAAACACCUUGGCGUCGUAUAUAUGCCCAGGCAUUGCAACAUGAAUUAGCUAAACAUGGACAUAUUCUGGAUAUUUAUGGAAAAUGCGGUACCAAGCAGUGUUUGAAAGGUGGCUAUGGGAUAUGUGGUACUUUUAUGUGUCCCCAAUUUGAAAGAAUGGACGAAUGUUUAGCUAUUAUAGAAUCAGAUUAUUAUUUUUAUUUAUCAUUUGAAAAUUCAUUCGGUGAAGACUACGUCACUGAAAAACUUUUGCAUGCCUUGGAACAUUUUACUGUGCCCGUAGUGUUCGGUGGUGCCAACUAUGGCAGUACAUUCCAAUAUAUUGCUGAAUGGUGGAACGAGGAACAGCCCCCGUGGCCAACGAUAAAUCCAGAUAAUGGGACGCAAAACGAAGUAGAGAAAUUCUUAACGAACUUGAUAGAUUUCUUCAACCCGCCCUCGGAUUGA